AUGUCCUUGAAUGAGAGAUCGUCAAGCCAAGGAGUUAACAAAUCUCAAAGAUGCAACGAGUCAACGGAAAUUAAGUAUGAUCCGGUGAGCAGCACUCUAAAUGUUGAUGGAUUGACGAGUCGGAUUGACGGUGCAACGACACCACUUGUUGACUACUCUUUCUCGGAUGACUCUUUUAGCGAAGAGAAGAUCGUUUCAAGCUCAUUAUCGGUGGAGAACAUUGACAAGAGAAAGUCGCUUGAAACUACUCAGAUUACCACUACAACUUCGGUAAUGAAUGACGAGAAAGCUGAACAAGUGAUGAUUGAUUUGCAAAGAAGCAUGGAGAAUGAGCCCCAAUCAUUGCAAAAUCUUGCCGCUCAGCAUGAACAAAAUCUUGCCGCUCAGCAAGUGAUCGGCGAUUUGCAAGAGAACAAAAAGAACGAGCCAAAAGCGCAAAAUCUCGCCGUUCAAAAGGCACAAGAUCGACAAGCCAAAGCUCAUGAGCGUUGGAAGACUAAAAUAGCAGCGAUCAUCCGUAAAGCGGUCACCGAUUUGGGGUCAACGCAGCAAAAUCACACGCCAGGUAAUGUAAAGCAAUCAAUAGUGGUGUCUCCGCUCGUCAUGAAGAAAGCUCUAGAUCUAGUCGAUGAGCGCCGCUCCAAACAAGACUCUCUGCUCGACAUGAAAAGACGAGCCGAUCAAAAAAAUAAA